UACCGAGGUUGCUCGUGUGGUUCAUUUCGAAGUUCUUGCAAUGUAGCACAAAUUCUGGCAUCAAAACCAGUUGAAAAGUAUGACCGCAUUAAACGCAGAUCUUUCGUUCAACAGUUUAAGGAUAUCUUUGAAGGCCAGUUGGGUUCAUUGAACUUUUCCCAAAAUCAGGUGAUCAGUAAACUGAGUUGGGCCACUAAUACUUUGGCUCAAUUGGCUCCUUUGCUAAGAAAGGACCAUUUGUUGUGCAGAAAGAUGCUGGGUCGGAAUAAUUUUUUCGCAGUGUUAUUUAUUAAUAUUUUGUUAGCCACAACUUUUGCAGAUGAGCACGAUCAUAAGUAUGCUGAUGGGGAGCAGAUUGUAUUAUGGAUGAAUACUGUUGGUCCCUAUCACAAUCUACAGGAAACUUAUGCUUACUUCAACCUCCCAUUCUGCAGAGGUCCGGUUGAAAACGUGGAACAUUAUCAUGAGACUUUAGCAGAAAAACUUCAAGGGAUUGAACUCCAAUUCAGUGGCCUUGACAUUCGAUUUAAAAGAAACGUUGUCAAGACGGAAUUUUGUCGCAAACGCCUAUCCGAAGCGGAGUCAGACAGGCUGAUUUUAGCCAUUUACGAGCGCUAUUGGUACCAAAUGUACUUGGAUGCUCUCUCAAUAGUGGGAGUUGUUGGCGAAAUCCGCGAUGAUGUUCCCAUGCUCUGGACUCACAAAAAAAUUGAAAUUUUCUAUAAUCACGAUCAGAUUGUUGGAGUCUCACUUGGCACUUCGGAUCCUGUUCAAGUCACUCCUGGGGCUAAAAUAAUUUUCACUUAUGAAGUUGUGUGGACUGAAUCCACUCUGCCCUUCGAUAAACGCUCUGAUGUCUAUCUGGACACUGGCUUCUAUGUACACAGGAUUCACUGGUUCUCUAUCUUCAAUUCCUUCAUGAUGGUAAUCUUCCUCGUCUUGCUGGUCUCGAUGAUUCUAAUAAGAACACUUCGUAAGGACUACGCUCGAUAUAACCGCGUGGAUGGUCUUGAAGACUUGGAACGCGAAUUGGGCGACGAAUAUGGUUGGAAACAGGUGCACGGAGAUGUUUUUCGCAGUCCUGCCGGCUCACUCUACCUCUCCUGUCUCAUUGGCAACGGCGUACAUAUCACUGUGGUGUCAAUAGUUGUCACAGUUCUUGCCCUAAUAGGUAAACUGUACAUAGAACGUGGUGCUAUUCUUUCAACUAUAAUCUUUGUCUACGCCCUCUUAUCACCUUUGAAUGGAUUCGUUGGUGGUCGCACUUAUUGCUCUCUUGGGGGAAAGAAUUGGAUUCGUCAACACUUCUUGGGCAGCCUUCUUGUGCCCGCACUACUAACUGCAAUUGCACUCGUUGUAAAUACUCUAGCCCUCUUCUAUCAAACCUCCCGUGUGCUGCCCUUCCUCACUGUGCUAUCUGUGUUUUCAAUCAUCGCUUUUGUUAUCAUACCCCUUAAUUUGAUCGGAACGGUUGUAGGGCGCAAUAUUGGCCGGCCAAGUGCACUAGGGGCUGCUGGUGGGUCAUCUGCUAGUCCCUGCAGAGUGAAUGCAGUUCCACGUCCCAUUCCAGCCGUUAAGUGGUACACUAAGCCUCUGAUAAUCUCCCUUAUCGGUGGUGUGCUUCCAUUCGGCUCUAUCUUCAUCGAAAUGUACUUUAUCUUUACGUCAUUCUGGGCAUACAAGGUGUACUAUGUGUUUGGAUUUACCCUGCUGGUGAUCUUCAUUCUGAUUAUAGUGACCGGCUGUUCUACUGUUGUUUGCACCUAUUUCCUGCUGAAUGCUGAGGACUAUCGUUGGCAGUGGAUUAGCUUUUUCUCUGGAGCGUCAACUGCUGUUUAUGUGUACAUCUAUUCCAUUUACUAUUUCCUCUUCAAAACCAAAAUGUUUGGUCUUUUCCAGACAGCUUUCUACUUCAGCUAUAUGGCCUUCUUCUGUUUCGCCCUGGGUUGCAUGUGCGGUAAGCGGCUAGAUGAUGUUUCCUUUGACAAUUUUGAGGUCAUGUUGUGGAAAUCCAUCUGUGCAUAUUAA